UCUCUGGAUAUUUUAUCUUUUCGCGCAGUUUUUGCUUCGGGGUCUUCACGGUGUGAGACUCCUGAAGGGAAAUGUGACUUUGUAUGUGAUUGUUCCGACUGUAGCGACGAGCAAAACUGUGGGUACUCUGGGAAAUCGUUUGAGUGUGACUUUGAGGACGAGGGAGUUUGUGGAUGGAAUAUUGAAUCUCUUGGUGAGGAAUACAAAUGGCAGCGGGUUCAGAGCGGAGACGAGCUGCCGGACAGCGGGCCGACUUCGGACUACACCACCGGCACAGCCACAGGCUGGUUCAUGUCAGUGAGUGCAGUGAGGGCACAGUCUGUUCAGAGUUCAGUGUUAAUCUCUCCGGAGAUAAAGGGCUCUUCGCCAACGUGCCGCCUGCGACUCAGAUACUUCCUGUGGGACUCAGGACACACGGGUUUAGGUCCAACUCCCCUGUGGGCUUCGAUCCUCCACAAGGACUCUCAGGGGGCCGUCGUGUGGCGCCCAGAGGCCUCCAGCGCCCGCAGCUGGAGGGAAGCCACUGUCUUCCUGGGCCGCAUUUCCUCCCCUUUCCGGAUCCAUCUCCACUCGGCGCGCUCAGCGGGACAAAACGGAGACGUCGCUAUAGACCAGCUGGAGUUCCUGGGCUGCGCUCUGCCCUCGCCCCCUGCUGGGACCAACUGCUCAGCAGGGAUGGUGGCGUGUGGUGGUGGAGGCUGCGUGGAGCAGCGGCAGCUCUGUGACGGUACGGACGACUGCGGCGAUGGCAGCGACGAGGCGCCCUGCGAUGGUUACUACCGCUGUGACUUUGAGGAGGAUCUGUGUGACUGGGACCUGAGAUCGUUUUCCAAACUCAAAUGGAUCAGAACAAAUCAGGAGAACAUCUCCAGAACCGAUCCUUCGAAAGGUCCAGGCAGAGAUCACUCCAAAAAUACAGCAUCAGGGUACUUCCUGUACGUCACCAUGCCUGACGACGGUCUCACCAUGGACUGGGCGGCUUUUCAGAGCCCAAGACUUCAACCAACUAACAGCUCGCAUCCAUGUAAGAUGGUCAUGUACACUCACCAGUUCGGGCCGCGGUCCGGCGGGCUGACGGUGCUGGUGGCGGACCGGCUCAUCUACCCGGUCUGGGAAAGGGGCGGAGCUUUAGGAGACCUGUGGGUGAAGGCGGAGGUGGAGAUUGUGUCCAACUACACCUUCCAGAUUCUCAUCAUGGCGGCCAUCAGAGACUUUGACUAUGGAGGAAUCGCAGUCGACAGCAUCGUGUUAUCCCCUGAAUGCCGCAAUGCAUCUGAUAACACCACCCUGGAAGAUUUCCCCGACCCUCCAAAGCAUCCUUGCAUUGAUGACCCAGACAAGAUGUGUGAUUUUCAGGCUGACUGCGAUGCUGCAGAGGACGAAGCCAAAUGCGGGGAUUUCUCCUAUCCUGACGGCAGUUUAGGCUGGACUGACUCCAGUAUUGGGAGUCAAGGUUGGCUGCUGGAUAAAAGUUCAACAACUGGAGCAGAGUUCCUGUAUGUAGCUGAGGCUGCAGGUCAGCAGCUAACUGAGGCCCAGACUCGGACUCCCCUCCUGGGCCCCACCGGUCCGGCUUGUAACCUGAGCUUUGACUUUGCGCUCACUGGGAGUUUGGAUCAUAUCGGUGAGCUUUCUGUCAGAGUGGUCGACAGCUUGCUGGGAGUGAGGCCUAAGCUGUGGGAGUUCAGUGGGAAAACAGGAGCAGGAGACGAGGAGGAGACCUGGCAACACGCCGACGUUCCUAUAGGAGUCAGGAAACAUCGCUUCCAGCUAACAUUUGAAGCUCGAGCUGUGGAAGUUCAGCCUUUUGCUUGGAUCAAAGUGAGGAACGUUCGCUUCAUCAGCUGCCACGCCGACUACACUCCGUCUUUACCGACAGGGCCGUCGUGUAACUUCGAGGACGGACUCUGCGCUUGGUAUCAGGACAACAGUGACAACUUUGACUGGUCUGUGGUCACUGGGAUGGAUCACAGCAUCGGAGUCGGCUCCAGCCUGGUGGUGGACAUGUGGAGUCCUUCGCUGCGUGGAGCGUUUGGACGCCUGCUGUCGUUCCCACAGCAGCCCACUCCCACAGAGAGCUGCCUGACCUUCUACUACAAACUCUACGGGCCGAACGCAGGUGCUCUGAACGUGAAGCUGACCGAUGGCCUCGGAUACGAGGUCUUACUGUGGACCCGCAGCGGCGCUCACGGCAACGAUUGGCACGAAGCGCACUGCCCAGUACCGCAGCAAAACACAAACUUUCAGUUGAUGUUCGAAGCAGUUCGUUCCGGUUUCGACGGCCAGGUUGCCAUCGACGACGUGGCGUUUGUGGACGGCCCGUGUGCCAUACCCAGAAAAUGCUCCUUUGAAGGCCAGAAGUGUGGCUACAGCAGUUACGGCGCCAUAGACUGGCUCCACAGGAACGGACAGACCACUACGACGAACGGACCCAAAACAGACCACACUUUGGGGACCGAGCUAGGUUACUACAUGAUGGUCAACACAGACGCUGACAUUCUGCCUCCCCGCAGCGCCGCUGUGCUCGUCUCCCCCGUCCGACAAGGAACCACCAAACCCGAAUGUGUCAGCUUCUGGUAUCACAUGACAGGAGGGAACCCAGCCUUCUUUACGGUCUACGUCAAACCCGAGAAGGGAGAGAGAGUCUCGAUCUUCUCUGAGAACCUGAAUGAGGGAGACGACUGGCGUCACGCCAACGGGAACAUCUCCGUUGGCCUUGUGUCCUGGCAGUUGGAGUUUGAGGUCAUCGGAUCAGGAAGUCGAGGUUCCCACGUUGCUGUUGAUGACAUCACAGUCUCGGCUCAUCCAUGUGAAGACCAAGGGUCCAAGUGCAGUCUGGAGAACGGGAUGUGCAGCUGGAUCAACAUCCAGGACAGAGAACGGGAGAAGCUGGACUGGGAGCUGACCAGUCCGGAGAAGGAAAAGCAUUAUCCCGUCCCGCCUGAAGACCACACACUGGGAACAGAGAAAGGUCACUUCCUGUUCUUCCCAAGCAGCAACCGGACAGCAGCCAAUCAAAACGCCUGGCUGGUGAGCCCUCAGCUGCCACCGGUUCAGCCCACCUGUCUGAGGUUCUGGGCCUACAAGCCCCAGUCAUCGGACUGCCAGCUGAGGGUGUGGAGCCUGUCUGGAGGUCUCAUCACCCAGCAGCUGAUCGUGAACGAGCUCAGCGGACACUGGAGACAUUUUGAACUGAACAUCACGUCUCGUGAGGGAUACCAGAUUGUGUUUGAAGGCGUCAAAGGAACAUCAGGCUUUGUAGCUCUGGAUGACAUCGAGUACACCGUCGGGUUCGACUGCGCCACCAGAGUCACUAAACCAACCUCGAAGCCGGACAAUGCCGGAGGAAUCGCUGCCUCUGUGAUCGUAGUCGUGCUGCUGAUCGGCACCCUGGUCGCUCUGCUCGUCUUCUACCUGCGAACCAAACCAGACGCCAAGGCUCCAUCGCUCUCUGUGGGCAUUAGUAACGAAGGAUAUGUUCCAGAGGAUCCUGUGGACGUUCCUCCAAGACAAAACCAUCCAAUGGCUGCAGGAUUCAACAACAUCUCUAUCUCUGCCGAGGUCAGAGAGAGAGAGGAGGAGGAGUGACACGGGGAGCUUUGCUGCCACCUAACGGUGGUUUUGGGAAAUGCAGGUGAUAUCACAGCAGGAGAACUGCUUGUGUCACCCUAAAUGAUCACACCUACAUGUAAACAAACACACAUUUACACAGAAAACAGGAGGCCAGAGCGCUGAUUGAUGCAGAUCUGAGGGGAUCGGACCUUCAGCACGGGGCCGUCGGAGCGACAUCGCAGCUCUCAGUACCGCUGAGCUGCAUGAAACGGGCCUGAAUAAUAAAUCACUGCUGUGUUAGCAGGCGCUGAAGUGGAAACCAGGCAGUUAUGAGCAGAUUUGGAGUUUUAGAUUAGAUUUUGAUCCUUUAUUUUCCUAGCUUUUUCUAUUUCUGUACCAAAUGCUGACUGGUUUUAGUUUGUUGGUCUCGUUUUCUUCACCUUCCUUCUGAUAAAUCACCACAGCUCUGCAAAAACACUAAAUCUCUAAAUUUCUAGUACAAAUAUCAGUAUACUUGGAAUAAGAUAAAAUUAACUUACAAAUAACUUUGGGAGCUUGUUUCAGAUAAGCUGUGUUUUCAUCAGCCAUUAAAACCAUAAAAACAAAAAUAAUUAAACAUUUUACUGAAGCUGGUAGAAAAUAGUCCAGAUGUCAAAGAGCUGUUAGGAGAUCAUGUCACUUUUCAGGCAGUUUUUUAAUUUCUAACCUGAUUCUUCAGCUUUAUUAAUAUUUGUGUUCAGAUGAAAAAUGGAGAAGAAAUUAAAAACCUUGAUGCUGAUGUGGUCGACUCUUUCAAACUGAUCAUAAAUAAAGCAGAUUUUAAAGCA